AAAUAUAUAAAAUCAGAAAAUUCAAUCUCUCUCUCUCUUGGACUGAGUUUUUCAUUUCCUAGAUCAAAUCCGAAAGUCUUCUCCGUUUUCCUUUUUUUUGGCUGUCAAAUCUCGCAAGAGAGUAAUUGAUUUUGCCGGUGAGUUAGCGGCGUGGAUUGGUCGGAGACCACGGCGAACUUGUUGAAAAGUCCGGUGGCGGAGCUCUCUGGACUGGAAGAAAGCGGGGAUGGGAAGCAUGAACAACAGCGUGGACACGGUUAAUGCGGCCGCUACUGCGAUCGUCUCUGCGGAGGCUCGAGUCCAGCCUCCGACACCUUCGAAACGAAGAUGGGGUUGCUGCUGGAGUCUGUACUGGUGUUUUGGAAUUGGUUCGCAGAAAAACAAUAAGCGUAUUGGUCAUGCUGUACUGGUUCCAGAACCUGUGGUACCAGGAACUGUUGCCCCUGUUGUUGAACAUCGGACACCUUCAACCACAAUGGUAUUACCUUUUAUUGCGCCUCCGUCUUCUCCUGCGUCUUUCCUCCAGUCCGAUCCUUCAUCAAACGCUCAAUCUCCGGCUGGAUUACUAUCUUUAACUGCCCUCUCAGUCAAUAACUACUCCCAAAAUGGACCUGCGUCCAUUUUUGCCAUAGGCCCUUAUGCAUAUGAGACCCAGUUGGUCUCACCUCCAGUUUUUUCUGCCUUCCCAACUGAACCAUCUACUGCUCCUUUUACUCCUCCUCCUGAGUCUGUGCAACUGACCACACCCUCAUCUCCUGAAGUGCCAUUUGCUAAAUUGCUGACAUCUUCUCUGAGUCAUACUAAUAAAAGUUUUGGGACUAACCAGAAGUUUGCACUAUCCCAUUGUGAUUUCCAGCCUUAUCAACCCUACCCAGGAAGCCCUGGCGCCCAUCUUAUAUCACCUGGAUCGGUAAUUUCGAACUCUGGUACAUCUUCUCCUUUCCCUGAUAAACACCCCAUUCUUGAGUUCCGCAUGGCAGAUGCUCCGAAGCUCUUGGGUCUCGAACAUUUUACAACUCGCAAAUGGAUCUCAAGAAUGGGUUCUGGAUCUUUGACGCCAGAUGGUACUGGUUUAGGUUCUAGGUUAGGUUCGGGAACUUUGACCCCUGAUGGUAUGGGUAUGGGUUCGAGAUUGGGAUCUGGAUCCAUGACCCCGAAUGGCAUGAGGCAAGAUUCAAGAUUGGAUUCUGGUACCUUGACGCCCGAUGGUUUGGGGAAUGCCUUGCAAGAUGGUUCACUGUUGGACAACCAAAUAUCUGAGGUGGCUUCCCUUGCCAACUCAGAAAGUGGAUGUCAAAAUGAUGUGACAAAUCAUAGGGUGUCAUUUGAGUUAACUGGUGAAGAUGUUGCACGUUGUCUUGCAAACAAGUCAAUGGCAUCCAUUAGAACUGAAUCAGAGUCUUCAGAGCAACAAACGAGCUCAAAGUACCAAAGCGAAAACAAAGGAUCCUCGAGAGAAGCUGAAACUUGUGAGUUCUUUGACAUCAAGACUUCCACAGCACCCGAAAAAAGUCCAGCAGGAGAGGAUGAUCAAUGCUACCAAAAUCAGCGAGCCGUAACUCUUGGUUCAUUCAAAGAGUUCAAUUUUGACCAAACUAAAGGUGAAAUACACAAUACAGCCUCCAUUGGUGCAGAGUGGUGGGCCAAUGAAAAGGUGGCUGUGAAGGAAGCUAAUCCAGGCAACAACUGGACUUUCUUCCCAAUGUUGCAACCUGGAGUCAGCUGACUAUGACAUGGAUCUCAUCUCACAGUAAAAAGAAAAAAAGAAAAGAAGAAGAAACAACAGCCAAUCUUUUGAAUGUACAUUUGAAUGUAGUCUUUCUUGGGAGAUACAACUUUUAGGAUCUGUGAUAUCUCAGAUAGCAGAUGGCAUGAUUUGGAGGAAAAGAAUGUUUUUCAAAGUUGUCUUGUGAAAACACUGUUCCAACAGACAGCAGAAAGAAAAUAGUUAUUAGGGAUAACUAGUGUGGGUACCGCAGUGCAGAAGCAUUCUUUAUCAUCAUAGCUCAAGAAGUAGAUCAUUCAUAAAUCAUAGGACCUUUGAAGUGGUUUAUUCUUUCUUGUCUUGUAUAAUAAUAAGAAUUUUCAUUCUUCUCCUACAAUGGAACUUUCUUUCUUGAAAACUCUCUACCGAUUUCAGUUUCUUUCCCUCUCUCUGCAAGUAAAUGUGAGACAAUUACUCAGCUUCAUAAAUCAUAUGUCCAAGGAUGAAGAUGAUUCUUUGGUUUACCUUAA